UAAACCACUUCCUGAUUGGUUUGAUAAAGUAGUUAUUUUAAAAGUUAGUAAAACAAACGAGAUAAUCGGUAGAUUUGUUUCUCAUGGAAAUCAAAAUGAAAAUUUUAUUUUCUCUUUAAAAAAUGAAACCCAGAAAGAAUCUAUUCUUAGCAAAGCAACAGAUUUUAAUAGACCAUUUAGAAUAUCAUUUAGUAGUUCAUUUGAUAAAUUAUUUGAUGGAUCAUUUUAUAAAUUAUUUAACGGUAAGCCAUCUCAUAGAUUAUCUAAAGAUGAACCAUUUAAAUUAUUUGUCGACAAUAUGGAUUCACUUCCGCAAUUUGGAUCAAGUGGUGAUCUUAAAAAAUGGUAUUAUAAAAACUCUAAUUAUUAUACUCCAAUUAGAGAAACUGACGGGUGGUUUUUAGUAGAUGAUUAUGAAGUAUUUAAAAUUGUUAAAAAAG